CCGUCGUCUUUCAGUUUCGUUUUCCAUUCACGUCAAAUCGCAGUCUCGUUCGCUCCAUCAGUGGUCCGUGCUUGUUCCGUUGAAAAGUGGAUUUUCCUCGCAGAAAUCGCCCCCGGAAGUGUCCAAAGUGUGCCCGAGCGGUUCGACACGGAUCGGAGCUAGCAGUUUCGGUGCGAAACCGUGCGGAAAUUGGUGAAAAUCGUGAUGAAAGUUGAUUGCACUUGAACCUGUGAGAGCUGCUUCUUAGCUGAGCUCGCUAGAAAGUGAAAAGUUCGGCCCUCUCGCUCGCUCUCCCGGGGUCGUAAGAGGCCCAAGCCCAGCAGCUGAGGCCUCGCUCGCUCCACAGCAACAGCAGCAGCAGCAGCAGCUGAAAGUCGGACCCGGUUCGGAAAGAAAGCACACAAGACUCGGCGAACCUCUGAAGCCAGGAGAAAGAAGCAGACAAGACACGACACGACACACGAAGAGCAGCAGCAAGAAAUUUCACUUUCUAUUUUUUAACUUUUAUUUUUUAUGACACACUUGCGUGAACUAUUUGUGCUUCGUGGUCGGCCACGCGACGCUGGUCACGGCGGCGGUCUUGGAAAGGUGGUGAGAUCGGACGCGGCCGCGUAGCAGGUUCCCGGAGGGUUCGUGUGGACGGAGCUGGCGGAGAUCUGGAGUUUGCGGAAGUGUAAAAGUGAAAGGUGAACCGAGAAAAGUGAAAACUGUGAAAUCUCUCGGGUGGAAUUUGAGAGGUUCGUGAUCGUGUGGGAGGAAGUCGAUAGUUCGGCAAAGUGACGAAUCCGUAGAACGGGUCAGAACAUCAACCCGCUGCGCUGCACAGCUACGUGAAGAACUUUGCUGACACAGAGCUGCAACAACAACAAAAAGCAGCACGAAGAGAGCAACAAAAACGUCCGAGAUGUUGAACCGUCAUCGUGGUGGUGCUGCGAUCAGAAGAAACCUGUUUUAAGGGUCGUCCCCCCGUCCGAAGAAGAAGACGUCACUCGCGUGUGUGUGUGUGUAUCUGCGCUCAGUUUUUGCUGCUUCCAAAAGUUUGGGAGAUCCACCUUGAAGAGGAAACAGUGAUGUCGCAGUACUGACAAAUUGUUGCGCAAAUUAGUCAUUGGUACGGCGUUGACGACAGGGGCGAAACAGUGCCCGGGGAAAGUUGUGUGUGCACGGUGUGUGUGAAAAGAUCGCGAAAAUCGGAAGUGUAGCGAGCAGCAGCCGGGCCGACCUCACGAUGUCUACCGCGGAAGAGAACACGGCCAAGUCGGCGGCGACGGGGCCGCCCCAGAAGCAGGAUCCGGACGAGAAACGGGUCGGAUGUGCGCACUACAAGCGGCGGGCCAAGUUUGUGACACCUUGCUGUAACAAGUUCUACAUGUGCCGGUACUGCCACGACGAGAACGAAACGCACUUCUUCAACCGGAAGACGGUCACGGAGCUGAUCUGCACCGAGUGCAACACCCGGCAGCGCGUCCAAGCGGAGUGCGAAAAGUGCGGCGUCCGGUUCGGCAAGUAUACCUGUCUGGUGUGCAACCUGUUCGACGACGAGGACCGCUCGCAGUACCACUGCGACGGAUGCGGAAUUUGCCGCGUCGGCGGCCGGACGCGCUUCUUCCACUGCGAGGUGUGCAACAUGUGUCUGCCGAUGCAGCUGAAAUACGAUGGCCAUAGGUGUGUCGAAAAUGUGUCCCGAUCAAACUGUCCCGUGUGCUUGGAAGACAUUCACACCUCGCGCAUUCCGUGUCACAUUCCGGACUGUGGCCACCUGCUGCAUCGGACGUGCUUCGAAGAGCUGCUAUCAUCCGGUCACUACGCGUGUCCAACGUGUCAAACGAGUAUGAUGGACAUGAACCAGCUCUGGGAGUACCUUGACUCGGAGGUCGCUGCCACGCCAAUGCCAAAGGAGUACGAAAACUAUAUCGUUGAUAUACUUUGUAAAGAUUGUCACAAGGAAUCGACGGUGAAAUUCCACGUGGUCGGUUUGAAAUGCACCCACUGUGGCGCUUACAACACCUGCCGGACAAAGACUAAGAGUUUAGAUCUUCCUACGAAAAGCACAAUCGAAAGUGAAGUGGCAGCACGGCAGGCGAACGGCGAGGGCACCAGUGCGGCGACCGCGGCCAGUUCAUCUUCGUACUCCGCCACAACCACAACAACGACUUCUCCGGUGGCUGUCAACGGCGUUGCCACCGCCACCAUCCCCUCUUCCCUGGUACUAACAACCCCCGAAGCGGUUAGUUUAACCAACGGCGACGCCGUGGCAUCGACGUCCGCCGGCAGUGAGUCGGACACGUCUACCACAACGGCGGCUUCCAGCUCGAGCAGUACUUCCAACGGCGCUGGCAGUUCCAGUUCCAGCGCCACCAGCACCUGUGAUGAACGUUCGUCCCCGUACAGCGGCGCCAGCAGCAACGGGAACCAGGAAGCUUAAAGGCUUUCUCGACGAACCAUCUCUCGUUACACUACUCUCAAACACUCUCGCACUCCCAUGCGCCUCCGAGGGUACCAUACAUUGUGUGUUCAUUCCACUUCCAAGUGUUAGGUUGUUAGAAUUGUAUUGUAAUUUGACCGCGCGCCCGCGCCCCGUUCUAGUUCUUCCCCCUCAACCCACUUUAGGUUUAUUUUUGUUUUCUGCUCUUCUAGACGACCCUAGCUAACUAAUUGCAAAAUUUACCGUAAGCUUUCGUCAAAAUUAUCGGUUUAUCUCUAGGCAAUCACUAUAUCUUUGAUAUCUAGCUUUAUUUAUUUUAUUAAAAAGUUGUUUACACCGUUUAUUAUAUAUUUCGAACGAAAUACAGCAUUCGCAAAAUUGAAACCAGGUGUUGAGUUUUACGGAAAAAGUCUUUAUGAUUUCGACGAAUUAAGCUAAAAUUGAGUCUCAAACUGUAUCGAUGUGCUCACUUGCAAACUUUUGCCUCGGAUUUUAUUUUUUUCAGAAAACAUAUUUUUGCUGUGUACUUUUUCUGUGGCCAAAGAAAUCAUUUUCCAUCAUUGGUGCUCAGGAACACUGAAGCCGGGGAAUCGGGAAUUCGCCAAAAUCCGCGAAAAAUUGGGAAAGGUUGGGAAUUUGUGAUUUUUUGACAAAAGUCGGGAAAAGUGUAGAAUCCUAAGCAAAUCUAUCUUUAAAAAUAUUUUCUCACUCGAAAAUUGUUUAAUAUUUUGUAAAAUUUUCAAAAUAUUUUUUUCCAAAUGAUUUUCAACAGUUUUGUUGGUAAAUUACUAUCGAUAAAGCUUGAUUUUCAGUUAUCGGAAAACUGAUCAAUCAAAUAAUAUCCAAAACAAGUUUUGUUCUGAAUGAAAAAUUGGAAAAAAAAACUUUUACGCACAGUUUGAAGCCUGAAUUUUCCGUAGUUUCGACUAACCCAAGUUCGAUUAUCCCAAGGUUUGUAUGGAGCUUCGGAUAAUCAAAUCAUAAACAAAAUAAAAAGAUUUUUGCAUUUUAAUUUUC